AGUCAGCUGGGAUUGGCUCCAGCAGGCAAACUAAACAGCUGCGACUAUUUUCGAAGCUGUGAAACAACUGAGCCGCUCUGAAGAGAGAAGCUGCUUCCUACCGAGUCGCUCCUCUGCAGCUCCACGAGGUGACUUUGGGAAACUUCUCAUGUCAUUUUCAUGCCGGAUCUUUAACUCUGUGAUGUCAGCAAACGGAAGUGAAGCAGAAACCGACAGCAGCUGUGACGGUGCAGACGGAAGACACGCCUCUGGUCCUGUAUCGGCUAAACUAACGGUUGUGGUUGGAAGCACUCACUUCUCUGAGGAGAAGAUGUUCCUCGUUCAGAGCUGUGACUACUUCCGGGCUCUGUACCGCUCUGGGAUGAAGGAGUGUCGGCAGGAAGAAAUCCACCUCAACGGUCUGCGUGCCCGGGGCUUCCUUAUCGCCUUGGCGGUGCUUCGAGGUGAGAAGCCCGCCCUGGAUGGAGACGAUAUCGUCGAAGCUAUUGAGUGUGCUGCUUUCUUGCAGGCGGCGUCGCUCACCACGCAUCUCAUCAACCUCAUCGACUCUGACAACUGUUUGCUGAUGUUUCACACCGCUGCGACCUUUGGCCUCAUGGACCUUUACCACGCUGCUGCGCUCUUCAUCCGCAGCAUGUACACCGACCUGGAGGCGGAGGUGAAGAAAUCCUUACCAUCAGAGCUGAUCUCCUAUGUGGAGUCUUUGACCCCGAGUGUCUUCGCAGCUGUGGGGGCCCAUGUGACCUGCGUUGGGGAUGAAACUGUCCACGCUGCCUCCAGGACCGUCUGCUACCUGGACGAAACCGGGAACAGCUGGAAGGUGUUGACAGACCUUCCUCUUCAGGCCAGCACCUCCAUGGCUGGAGUGACUGUUCUCGACAACAAACUCUACAUAGUCGGAGGAGUUCACGGACUGCACAAACAAGUCGUUGACGCUUGUUUCUGCUACGACGUGAAAGACGACAGCUGGAGCAGGAUCUCCAGUCCGGCACAGCGGCGAUACAACUUCAGCCUUGUGGGUGUGGGCGAUCGUCUUUACGCCGUUGGAGGAGAGUAUGAGCGGACAGUGAUGUCGUCCGUGGAAAUGUACGACGUGACGACUGAAAGGUGGGAGUUUGCUGCGCACUUACCUCGACCUGCAGCAGGAGCAGCGUGCACCAAAGCAAUGAGCAGGAUCUUUGUGUGUUUGUGGAAGCCAAUGGAGACCACAGAGAUCUACGAGUACAUCUCAAGGAAAGACGAGUGGCGGCUUAUUACGACGUUGAUCAGGCACCAGAGCUACGGCCACUGCAUGGUCGGCCACAGAGACAACCUGUACGUCAUGAGGAACGGGCCGUCGGACGACUUCCUGAGAUGCCUGAUGGACUGUUACAGUCUGAGCUCUGGUCAGUGGUCGUCUCUGCCUGGACACUUUGCAAACAGCAAAGGUGCUCUGUUCACGGCCGUGGUGAGAGGCGACUCUGUGUUCACGCUGAACAGGAGCAUGACUCAGGAGUUCGCCGUGGACAGUAAAAACUGGAAGCCCCGGCGUCAGAUGAAGGGUUUCCCCAGAAGUGGAUCUGUUUGGACGUUUAUGCUCCAGCUGCCGGACGCUCUCACGCUGAAGUAACUUUUUCAUUCUUUAUUGGAUCUAAAUGAAGUGAGUUUUUUUCACUUAAAAACAUGUUUUUUUACCUUUUGUUCAAUAAAUAAAAAUGAAAUCUGGGAGCAGUCCUGCAGACUCAGGUUUACUCUUGUAGUUUGAAGUGUUUGUAUUCUAAUAAAGUCCAGGUAUGAC